AGAUGCUUGAGACCCCUCAUUAUCCCCUUUUGUUGCCUCCUGUUGUGACUUUUUGCAGGCAGUGCAGGGGCCCAGCAUGGUCACUUGCUGGAGCUGCAGAAGUGCUACCUUGUACAUACUGAGACAGACAGGGUACAUCUCCACACCAGCUUUCUCUCAGCUGACACCUGAUGAGGUGGUUCGGAUGCGUAAUGAGCUCUUCACCAAAGAGAAAGAGAGACAAUUGUCUCUUCACCCACGGAUUGAGAAAAUUGAAGUGAAAUACACUGGAAAGUUGCACUCUGGCAGUGUGUUUGUCAUGAACAAGGCUCUGUCUACGCCAUACAACUGUGCCAUGCAUUUAAGUGAAUGGCAUUGCAAGAACUCUGUUCUGGCUGUUGUGGAUGGUGAAAUCUGGGACAUGUACAGACCCCUGACCAAAUCAUGUGAAAUUCAGUUCCUUACCUUCAAAGAUGAAGAUCCAGAGGAAGUAAACAAGGCAUAUUGGCGUUCCUGUGCCAUGAUCAUGGCGUGUGUGCUAAAGCGGGCAUUCAAGGAUGAAUACUCAGUCAAGCUAGUUAAAGCUCCAGAAGUGCCAGUGAUCUCUGGAGCUUUCUGUUGUGAUGUAGUUUUGGACAAUAAACUGGAUGACUGGAAACCAACAAAUGACAACUUCUGUUCUCUUACAAGGGAUGCCAAAAAGCUAAUCCAUCAAGACCUGCCCUUUGAAACACUGCAUGUUGAAGCAAAAGUAGCACGUGAAAUGUUUCAGCAUAAUAUAUACAAAAUGGAGAUGAUAGAAAGAAAAGCUGCUCAGAAUAUGAAAGGAAUUGUGCCAUUACAUAGGUUUGGUGACUUUGUAGAUGUUAGUGAAGGUCCUCAUAUUCCAAGGACAAGUUUCUGUUUCCAGUAUGAGAUAACAGCAGCUCAUAAUCUUCAGACUGACCAGUCUGAAUUGAUAAGGAGAUUCCAGGGUGUGUCCUUGCCAGUCCAUUUGAAGGCUCACCACACUGUGUGGCAGAAACUGCUGGAAAGAUCAAAGAGGCUGGUCACUGAAGAACAAUAUUUGGAAGCAGCAGCACGAUGUCUUGAGGCAAAAGAUGGAACUGAAGAAGAAAAACCUGUAUCAGUUUAAAUUAAGUUGAAUCUCUACAUGUACAUAAUAAAAUAUGUAUUUUUACAUGA